GAUUGUGCCGGCUGUGUGGGGAGUCUUAACGACGAAUCCGUCCACGCCUCGGUUCACCUGACCAUCGCGAUGAAGCAACCAAUCGUGGGAUUGUAGUGCGCUUUUUCAUUUCAUAGAUAAACUUUGUUCCAACUGGUCUCGUGAUUUUUAUGCCGGACUCGCUCUCGGUGUAUUUUGCUGCAUCCAUUGGAAGCUGAACAUGUCAAACUCCGGCGGCUACUGUUGUGGCUGCAGUUCUCUGUGUCAACUGCUCUUUGAAUACGACACUCCCAGAAUAGUGCACAUCAAGAGCAGGAAGGUGGGCUUGAUUAACCGCUUGUUCCAAAUGGGGAUCCUAGCCUACGUGAUCGGUUGGGUGUUUGUGUGGAAGAAGGGAUAUCAGGAAUUUGACACCGUCAUCAGUUCUGUCACCACCAAAGUUAAGGGCAUUACGGUGACAAACGACAGCAUGGGAGUGAGGAUCUGGGAUGUGGCUGAUUAUAUUAUACCUCCCCAGGAAGAAACCUCUUUUUUUGUGAUGACUAACAUGAUUGUCACACCUGAUCAAGAGCAAGGUCAUUGUGCCGAGAUGCCUGGUCCAUCUACAACUUGCACCUCAGAUAAGAACUGCACUAAAGGACUUGUUAAUAUCAAGAGCAAUGGUGUCCAAACAGGAAGGUGUGUGGCUUUCAAUGGAACUCUCCAAACCUGUGAAGUGCUUGCCUGGUGUCCUGUGGAAAAUGACCAAACCCUGCCCAAGCCAGCACUUCUGAAGGAUGCUGAAAACUUUACAGUCCUCGUGAAGAACAAUAUUCAAUAUCCUAGGUUCAAUUUUACAAAGAGGAACAUUUUGCCCCAUAUUAACUCCACGUAUCUGCAGCAGUGUAUAUUUCAUCGUCUGACAGAUCCUGAAUGUCCAAUUUUUCGACUUGGGGAUAUUGUUCAAGAGGCUGGGGAAAACUUCCAGGAUAUGGCAAUUGAAGGUGGUGUGAUGGGAAUCCAAAUCAAAUGGGAAUGUGAUUUAGAUCAGUUAUGGUCCAAGUGUGUUCCUCGCUAUAUUUUUCGCCGACUGGAUAACAAAGACCCAGACAAUAAUGUUGCACCAGGCUACAACUUCAGAUUUUCCAAAUACUACAAGUCUGCAAAUGGCACUGAAAGCCGAACUCUGAUCAAAGCUUAUGGGAUACGGUUUGAUGUCAUGGUUUUUGGAAAGGCUGGAAAGUUUAACAUCAUCCCUACAAUGAUCAACAUCGGCUCUGGUCUUGCUCUCUUUGGCGUUGCGACAGUGCUCUGUGACAUCAUUGUUCUGUACCUACUGAAGAAAAGAUUUUACUACAGAGAAAAGAAAUACAAGAUGAGGCCCUCUGUCCUGGAAAGUGAAGCCCUUUUGAUAGAAGAGUGCCUUGGCAACAACAGACCUACUGAUGUAAUUGAGAUCAGAACUCCUGUUUUAACUUUACACCAAGUUCUUUCUCAGAUUUAAGUGUGCAUAUUCAUAUAACUGAAUAAACAGCUCCAACGUUCAAAGCUGCUGUGUAAAAUGUCCAUUUUGCCAGGCAACGCUCAUCAUGUGGCUCUGUUAUUCUAGCGUUUAAGGAGGGGGUACUAGUAACACACUAUUUUUAACAUAUGUACUUAUUUUUAAUUUAAAGGCACCGAAUGCAACAUUAGAAUGUGACACUCCAUAAAUUUUCUGCACCAUAUGAAGAGAUGCAUUGCUGGACGCUGUAUGGUGUGGGCUGAGCCUACAGUGGAAGGCAGCAAGGCCUUUGGGAUGAAAAGGUGAAUGCACGUGCUCGCCUGGAUUAUAGCCCGCACAUUGCACCUAAUAAUGAAAUGCGUUGGUAUACCAAGUUGUUAUCGUUCAUCUGGUAUCAUGAAAAUGGAUGUGUGAGGUGAUCUGUUUCAUAAUAACAAGCAGCAAAAUGGAUUAUACAGUGUGAUCUGUGUAAACCUGUUAAUAAAGCAAUGUUCUUGAAGAGUUUCAUUA